CCUCUCUCGCAGGGAGGAGAUCGCUCGUAAUCGUCCUACUUGACACCUGCAACCAUUACUACAACCUUUUUACGCGAUUUACAAUCCCAAACCCCAACAAAAACAUAUUUAAACCGCUUAAUACAUUUAUUUUUGUAUUAUUUUUCUGUUUAUCCAUCAUUACGCGUGUCCCCGGCGUCUCCAGCGCGUUUGUGCCCGUCUGAAGCGCUUUUUGGGGGGCACUCCUGCGAGCUGUUUGGAUGCUUCGGAGCGGAGUUGAAGCGAAGUCCGAUCCGCGAGACGAGACACCGGGAAAGGAGCGCUCUUUCCGGGCUUGAACAUGGACGCGCCGUGGCUCUGUGUCUCCAUUGUGCUGCUCCUGUUACAGUGUUGUCCACUGUUGUCUGUCACAGUCACGAGUAAUCGUCACAAAGUGGAGGUCAGAGAGAAUUCAGACGCAGUGCUGUCCUGCCUGUACAAAACGGAGAGAGACCAAAACCCAAGGAUCGAGUGGAAGAAGAGAGGGAGGGACGUGUCAUUCGUUUACUUUGAUGGACAGUUCAGAGGUCCGUUCGAGGGACGAGCGACCAUAGAGGGCGCCACUGUCACUCUGCAGAGAGUGACUCAGGAUGAUGCCGGAGAAUACCGCUGUGAGAUCAGUGCUCCUCAGGACUCAGUCAACCUGGGAGAGACCAACGUCACUCUCAAAGUACUGGUCCCUCCUCACACACCCUCCUGUGAGAUCCCCACCUCCGCAGUCACUGGGUCUGUAGUUCGACUUCGCUGUCACGAUCAUCAGAGCAUCCCUCCAGCCACAUACUCCUGGUUCAAAGACUCUCAGCCAAUCAGCUCACCUCGCCAUGGCAACGACUCCUACGUCCUUAACUCAUACACCGGAGUACUGGAGUUCAAAUCUGUUUCCAAAGAAGAUAGUGGAAGGUACAGCUGUCUCGCCUCAAAUGGAAUCGGAACUCCCAAAAUGUGUGAAGCAAAAAACAUGACUAUAGAGGACGUGAAUGUAACAGCAGUAGUAGUAGCAGUACUGGUCAUUGGACUCAUUGUGGCUAUCUGCAGUUGUGGAGGCGUUCUUCUACAUCGCAAUGGGUUUUUCAGUCGACACAGAGGGAGGUCCAACGUGAACUACAUCCCUCCGCCACAAGAGGACUUCAAACACACUCAGUCGUUCAUGCUAUGAGACCCACCAACUCUCCGUCAACCCAGUGCCAACAACUUCAAUUUAUAAAUAUAUUUUUGACUAUCUUCCAAUAACGAAACCUGUCCAAAUCGAUCAAUACGUUUGGCAAUGUCUGUUUUCUAUUGCGUUUUGCUAUGAUGCUUCCAAGGCUCUACACUGACCCCUGGUGGCGAAGUAAGAUCCCCCUUCAAUGCAGGCAAAUAAUCUUACAAUAUUUGAUUUUUCUUGUACCAAAGAGUUGAGUUUGAUGCUUUUUGCGAGUACUUAAAAGCCAUAAACUACUGCAGUAUUUAAGUAAUAUUUUGGUGGUACUUUAUAAUAAUUACAUUUUUCUUAAUAAAACAUAAACAAAAGACAUAAGUUAUAAUGAACUACUGACUACAUAAUUAACAUCCUAAACUUAACUAAUUAAUUAAAGACCAGUUUUUUCCCUGUAUUUGAGCAAGAUGUGUGUGGCCCCAGUACAGAUCUAUUGUAUAAGCAGGUCUUGAGUUCAAAAUAAGUCCGCUGUGUACCGUUUGCGUCUAAUUACAAAGGGUUUUAUUGUCCGAGAAUCAGGAAUUAGCAUUACCAUGAUGGCAAAACUCCACUUUGAUCUCUGAAAGUAGCGAAGAGUGCUUAUAAACUCAUCUUGUGAAUAAUUAGGAUGCUGAGAAUGCAUGAGGUAACCUUUUUGAAAUAGUAAAAAUCAGAUAUAGCGCCUUUAAGUAGUUACUAAACCCAAAUCCUUCUUGUUCAAUAGGUCUUUGUUCAUGUUUAUUAAGGCUUAUUCAAGUGUAAUUAUUAUAAAGUGGUACCAAUAGUUUGAACCCAUUCCGUCCUCUACAAUGUGCCUGCAUGGUAUAUCUAGUUUUCUAUAAGCCUUGUGCCUUUUGGGGUUCAUUUGUGAUAUUUAUCAAUAUUGUUUUUGUAAGAAAAUUAUGAAAAACUUGCCUUAAUUUUGUGUCUUCGAUGGUGACUUUUUAGUGCCACUUUUUGUCAAUGUUUGAUCAAAAAGCGUGAGAUUUUUCAGUGUGAAUGAAUUGUAUAAAAUGUAUUUGAAAGAUGUA